UCGGACUUUUAUAUUUGACUUCGAAAGAUUCCAAUCCUUCCGAAAAUAAAAAAUGGCAGCGCCCAGGUUCUAAGAAGCUGUUUAUGCACAAAACUAAUUCAGCAGAAUUUCCUGCCAGGAGCCCCUUGAUCUGUUUAACCCUGAUAUUCAUGAGCUAUGUGGCCAUUCGAUGACGAGGCGUCAAAACCAAAGAAGUCAUGUGAAACACAGCGACAGCAGCUACAAGACUGCCUACUGAUGAGUCCAUGUGUGAAUAGGGAUGGUAAUACACCAAAGCAGUGCCUCAAAAUGAAGGGCCACCCUAGUGUUCCAGAUGAGUGCUUUAGCCUUUGUCAUUCGUUUUUCCUCUGUAAACGAUCAAUGGUUGAUAUGAGAGCCAGAUUUCGUGGAAGAAGUGGAGUGGAUUAUGAUGCAAUACAUUAUGGACCCAAAAAAGACGAAUGACAGCAAAGACGAUCACUUGUUAUUUAUCCUAUGUACUUUUUGUGAGUCCUGCACUUGUAGAUGUGUCAAUUAUGUCCUAUAUAACUAAAUAGCGUAAAUGAAAAGUGAAAGAUUUAUCAAAUGUUCUUAUAGAAAUGUGACAAAUCUGCAUUAUAUAUGGAAACAGCUCAUUACUAUCUCUUUGUAUCAAUAAGGACACUAAAAAAGUGGUUCUUUGAAGCAGGAUUUUGUUUAUACAACUUAAUGGUGAAGAUGAGAGUUGGUUUUAAAACCUGUACGAAUCAUUGAUUAUGACUUUGUAAAUAAAAUCAUUUUGUGAUA